GUAGACGAUCUAAGGAAUACACAUGAACCUACUUCCGAACUACUCGAUUAUUGUAAACGCAAAUUUUUGCGUCCAUUUAUCAUAGUAUUAUCACUUGUCGGCGUGAAUCCUAUACCAACGGAUACAUCAAAGAUACUCUGUUGCUUAAACUAUGCGCAAGCUUUGCUGGUUUUGUUAAUCUUACUAUUUGGAUAUUUUCUACAAUAUGUAUGCUCAUAUCGCGGCGAUCGCGGUUUCAUAGCACACGAUCAGGAUUUAAUCACUGAUCCAAAUUCAAAUGCCACAUACACAGUAGGCCAAUUGUUGUUUGGUCAUAUUUUUCCCAAUGCACUUAAUUUAUCCAGCUUCAUAUCAGCUGUAAUUGUUUUCAAAAUUCUCGAUCAAGAGCAAUUACAGAACUUGAUCGAGCGUGUAUUUCUAACCACCUUAGUGCCGCGCCGCUUGUGCAAAAUCCUAUGGCUAUAUCUUUUGUGCGGAGUCGUUUUGUUGGCGCUGCUUUUCGCUUAUACAAUUCCUUCGGUGCUUUUGCAGUCGCGCAUCAUACAAGUCAAGUGGUUCACUGGUAUAUUAGCCGACUGGGAAUUGGCUACGAAGAUCGUGCUGAUUGUGACGCUUUUUAUUCAAGAUUUGGUUGAAGUAAUAAUUCUUUCCAACUACUGCAUACAGUGCUAUUUGCUGCGUAUACACAUUUCUUCGCUGUCGCAUAAGCUUUUGAUGCAUUCCAUUGAAACUGUUGAUUGGAUGCGGGAGGUGCUAGAAUUUCACAAGCUAUUAGAACACCUCAAUCGUCAUGCCGCCGUACCCGUAUGUUUCUUGACGAUCAUGAAUUUGGCGUACGCAUUCGCUGGCUUGAUAUACAUUUUCAACGAUCUAGAUUUUCAUUACUCUGCAUUAGAAAUUGUAAUUUUAAACAUUUUCAAUGUACUACUCUGGCUUUUGCUUGGCGUCAUACCGUUCGUGUUGGCUGCUUCGUUGACGCAGGCGUGCCAAAAGGCCCAGUCCAACGGUCAUCAUAUCAGAGCUCGCCCGUUUGUGUAUCACAGCACGUCCUCUGAGGAUUUGAACUCAACUUUACUGUUUUCAUCGUCUUUACAAAUGUCUGCUAAAAUUUUCAAAAUGCCUAUUCAACCAAACUAUCUGUGUUGUGCUCUAUUAUCCAUAUCGAUUCUAGUUUUAACUCUCGGCAUGUGCCUCAAUCCAUCUGUCAUUGGUAUUUUUUAGAAAAAUAUUUUUCCAAAAAAAAAAAA